AUGACCAUGAGCAGUGCGCCAUCGAUGGCCAUUGUCCCGCCAUCACACGCAUCAUGCACCAAAACAGAUGCACAUUCUACGAUGCACCCUGAGUUGGGUGUCCACGAUACCAUGCGCCAUGGUCUCCGGAGUAUGCGGGACGAAUCAGCUGCUGCGACCAUGCACCCAAUUCAGCACCGUUUGGAGCGCUGGGAUGAGACUCAGCGCAACUGGAAGAUGGCUAUGUAUCGAAACACUUUUGGGCUCGGAAUGCCCAUGCGCAUGAUGAUGGAGCGCAAGAAUGUAGCCUACACGCCACACAUGCCUGCCAAGCACGUCAGCAAUAUACACUUGGACGUGCUGGAUGGGCGCGACGAAGUGCUGGAUCCCGUCGACUUUUUACCCUCGAAUGUCACAGGAGAAAACCGCCUGGGAAGCGACAUGCAUUCAGCUAUGGAGCAGAAAUGGCGCGUCUAA